AUAAUAAAUAAUACAAUUUAAUUCCAUCUUAAAUAUAUUUUACAUCAUAUACGUUGACAGAAUAAUAAAAGCUGUGUUAGGUUUCUCUGAAUAAUGCAGAUUUAUACUAAAGUACAGCUGGCUAAUAAGAGGUCUGUAAUUGGUUUUAUGAAUGACACACUCGGCUUGAGGAUCCUUUCUCUAAAGGCUGUAAAGGAGUGGUUGUGUGGAAACGCCUUAUAUGGAGAUAGUUUGGGUGUGUUUUAUGCAAAUGAAAUGACUAACCUAGUGCACUGUGCACGUAGUCACUCAUUUAGAAGACUCCAAAUUCAUUCUCAUUAGAAUGAGAUUAAAAACAAAGUCAUGUACGUACGCACUUGUGAAUUAGGCAGAGAUUUUCUUUGUGAGAAGUUCAAAAUAAUCAAAUACGAAAUAACCAAUUAUUAGUGAAUGAGACCCAUUAACUUGAGUGGUUAGCUGGUGAACCCAAUAUAAAACACAAAACUAUGUAUUUUGAACACUCAGUAGGAAAUGUAUGCAUGAAUAAUUAAUCAUACUUGCAGGUUGUGAUUUAAAAGAAGCAAGUUGGCGUUUUGCAAAUCCCGAGUUGACCUCACCGAGAUUUGAGAAGCAGUCGUCAGUAAAAUGACAGGGACACAACAAAAGGCUAUACUGCUAUGGUAAUUUUAACCCCUGACUCUUCACAUCCUCAUCCUUUGAAAGUGUUUACAAAGAGAGUGCUUUAGCAGCACAGAAAACAGCAUCUUCUCGACAUGUCGACAACACAAACCAACUACAGUGUUUGAGGGCGGGUCAAAGUACAAAUUGUUCGCGGGCAGCCAAUAAAGACCAUAGGAUGGCUUUAUGCAAAUUUGUUGCAUACAGGUACGUAAAUAUAUGUUAUGGAAGUGAGACUGGAUUUACUGAUGACUCUUUUCGGCAGUUCACAAUCUAUUCUUUCUUUUGGGAGACUAUAACUUUAUUUUUCAUGUACUUUGAUCUUUAAAACUUUGCAGACCUUUUACUUUCACAAACAGCUAAAUUACACAAUACAUUCGUAAAAGCAUAAUGGGGCACUUUAAUAUAAGAAGGUGUUACUUUCAUAGUUUACUACAACACUGUCAUGCCACAUUUCAUCAGUUAGUCAAAUACUAGUGUAUUUUGCAUACAUUUAUGAGAAUUAAAAUCUUUUUGGCAUAAACAUUUUCUGUAAAAAUUAAAAGCUAUUUACACUAGAAUAGGUAUAUAAACUACUGUUUAAAAGUUUGGGGUUAGUAAGUCUCUAAUGCUCACCAAGGCUGCUUUUAAUUAAACAUACAGUAAAAAGGUAAUAUAAGGAACUAUUAUUGUGACUUAAAAUAAUUUUCUAUUUCAAUAUAUGAUUUAAAAUUUGAUGUAUUCCUGUGAUGACAUAGCUGAAUUUUCAGCAGCCAUUACUCCAGUCUUCACUACCAAUAUAAUUCAUAUUUACUUACUUUAAUUAGCUUUAUUCAUUUAAGGUUAUGUUAUUCUCAAUGGAUAUCUCACAUUCUGAAAAUAAUUUGAAAGGAGGUCUAAUUGCCUUGAUCUACAAACAAACAUCAAGCUCUAUGGUGAAUUCUGUGUGUUGGCAUGUGCUGUGUCUCAUUGACUGUUUUCUUUCAGAUGAAGAGUCGCUUGAAAUCGACUGGCUUUGGAAUCACAUCAAGUUCAGCCUUUUUCCAGGACGCUAACAAACUGCUUCUAAACGAACAGGCUAACUGGGUGCAUCUAAAGGAGUUUGCCCGGAAAAAUGCGGCCAACUCUCUUUCUGUUGCCAACAUGCUCAUGGGCAUGGCUUCAAUCCUCUGCAGUCUCAACGGCCAUCAUCAUGCGGCCUGCUGGCUGGUUCUGAUCGGUUACCUGCUGGAUUUAGCAGAUGGAGCGGUUGCUAGGCAACUGAAUGCGUGUUCUGCACUGGGUGCAAAGUUGGAUGAUUUUGCUGAUUUCACAACAUUUGGAAUAGCAACAUCUCUCAUCUUAAGGACACCCAGUCUACUGGAUAACAUCCUGUGCAUGUUGUAUGUGCUGUCUGUCUUCACUCGUCUCUGCUUCUUCUCUAGUGGAAUCCCGUUCAUGUACCGUGGCCUACCAUGCAUCUACUCCUCUGCCAUCCUAGUGUGUGUUUCUCUGCUGACUGGAGGAAACAUGGCAGUACUGAGAAUCUUAGCAGUGGCCAUGAUUAUCUUCAUGGUCAGUCAGAACUUCUACCCUCAUGACCGAGUACUGGAGUCUCAGGCCUGGAAGAAGGUGGUCUACGUCGGUGGAAUUGCCAUGGUGUUUUGCCCCUCUUUCCCUCCAGCUUGUCUUUACUACUUGUUAUGGUCAGUUUCCUACAUACUGUUUCCAACAACCCUUUGGAGCUGCAAAGUGUAAAGGGGUAAUGGCCUAUGGGGCUCAUUCGACAGAGAACCCCUUGUGCU